CACAGCCAGCAGCAGCCAGUCUGCGAGCGGAGAGAAGAAGCCAGAAGAAACUCUGUCUGCAGGAGGGUUGGAGAGUCAAUGCUGUUGGAUGUUACUAGCUGGACAACAUUUUUAUUUUUUAUCUGUGGAACCGAAGCGAAUUUGUUUACUUCACUUUUCAUCGAGUUGCAGACCCACGGCUUCUGGGAGCUGUGGACCGAAUUAGUGAAAUUGCAUGAUGUGUGAUGAUACCAGUGCUUGGAUCAGGGAGAUCAUCCAGGCCACACUCCCAAGUCUCCCAGAAGAAAAGAUAUAUUUGUUGGUAGAAAAGCUGAGAAUGCAGGGAGUGGAAAGCAGAGAAGACUUGAUGUAUGUUCAAGAGGAGGACAUGGUGGACUUCAUCAGGCCCAUCCAGUGCAGGAAGCUCCUUGAUUGCUGGAAAUUAAAAGAUUCAGUGAGCAGUGUUGAAACCCCACCCAGGCAGCUGUCCACAAGUGCCACACCUGUUACAAGCCCUUCCAGCUCAAGUAGUCCCAUGUCUUCUCCUCUAGCAUCUCCACACACAAAUGUUAAAAAUAACUGGCCAGAAACCUUCCAGGUGAACUGGAACAAAAUGCCACCUGGGUUGCUUUCAACAAUUACAAGUGGCAAGAGGCCCUCACCAUCUGACAGACGGCAGUUUGUGAGAGUACUUGUGGAUGAUAUGAGAAAAUAUGAAGCGAACCCCACAAGGGCACAGUGUCUCAUAAUUACCAGAAACAUUACAAGACAAUAUCCACAAUCCUUUGCUGAUACCUUGGACGAUGUAAAGACAAUGAUAGGUGGGGGCUAUGAAUCACUUCUGAGCCAGGUUAAAGUGCGCGUGGAGCAUUUGAACAGGAACAACACUCUUGCUCGACAUAGAGUAUCAAAGAUUGCUACAGGGGCUACACCAGCCCGAGGACCGGCAGACAGCUAUGGGUGCACAAGAUGGCAACCAGAGUUGCCUCCUGAGAAAACCGAAGAAAGCCUUGAAGGUCUAAGACAGAAGAUGACAGAUAUCUAUACACAUGAUGGUUUGGCAGGUGCAGAAAGGGGAGAAAUACAAAAAUUGAUGAAAGCAACUUAUUAUCUGCAACGCAAAAUGAUCAAUUCUACACCAGCUGUCCCUCUUGAGGACAUUAAAAGUCAGUGGCCGUACUUAUUUUUGCCAAGGAGCAUGUGUGCUCACUUUGAGCUCCUCACAGACAUUCAGAUUCUGAGAGUAAUGGAGGCAUUUCCUGAAGACAAGGGCAGAAUCAUCAUAGAAUACUUCAAGGCAAAUCCCAGCAAUGAUGAAGUGAAGAAGGUCCUCUCCCUGGAAAAAACUUCAACAUUUCCCUACCUUCUGGACCUACUGAUGGCGCACUUCAAAGAGAGGAGAGAUGCCCUUAUCUUGCAUGCAGAUGUGUCAGUUACAGCAGCAACUGCGAAGGCAUCACUUGCUCUGCCUGACAGUCCGCACUUGAUCCUUCUAGAUCCAUUGACUUCUGACCAACGUUGGAUGGUCAGCAUUGAAGGUCAGGUGGUUUGUGAAGGAGCAUCAUUUGUGAUGGGGCUUGCUGUUGUCUUCACAUGCUUCUACAAUUUCAACCUUCAGUAUCAGGAUGAGGCAGCCUGUAUUCUUGAAUUCAUACAGAGAAGCUGUGUAGGAAUCAACCCAGAGAGAGGGACAAAGGCACGACAUGGUAAAGUGACAAGCAAGAAAAGUGGGAAAAUGGUCCAGAAGAAAGUGACAUCCCUGAAUCCGCACGUGUGCACUCUCUUGAGGAAGCUUAUGGAUUUUGAGUGGGACUUUGUGUGAGUUUGAUACUAACUCCUUCUGUUGAGUUGACCAGCAAACGUAUACACACACCCCUAGACAUCAGCUUUUAGUUGUUGUGACUGUUGCCUCACUCACACUCAUUCAUAACUAUCGUUAUCGUAAAGUUGUAUUUUUUCAAAAAAUCUACACGUGUAUAUUUUAGUUCUGUUUAUUAUGCUCAACCUAAUCCUAGAUAUUGACAGUAUUUGGGCAGCAUACCAGAGAGUUAAACUUUCUUUCUGUUUAGUGAAUAUACCCAAAGUUUGAUGGGUGCUGGUUUUUCAGGUGCAACAGAUAAAUCUGCAUGUGUCCCUGGGGACACACACACACACACAAAGUGUCUCCAAACUACUUAGUCACACAAGCAUAGUCCGACCUGACAUUGUUUAAUUGUUUGGUAUCUGGCCAGCAUACUGUAUUUUUCAAUGUUAAACAGUAUUGUUGUGUUUAGUGAACCCCUAUAGUUUCAGGGGAAAGGUGUUCUCUCUUUGAACAGAAAUUAGAGAAGUACAGUAUAUGCUGUCUGUAUGAUUAAAAAUGUUUUCAGCCCUUAGCUCACUCUGUAACUCAGCUAUACCCAAAUUCACUGUCACCCAGAUACACACUCUAGUGCAAAUUCACACACAUACAGUCACUUGCUUAGAACCACAGCCAAACAAAGUUGUUCCUUGUAAGCGUUUUGAG